GGGUGACAAUGCCAGAGCGUAGUGGGCACAACUGGGAGGUGGCAUUGUCUGGGGUGACAGUCACUGACUCGAGUGACAGUGCCAGGGGAGCAGGGGACACUGGGAUGGAGGUGACAGUGCCCUCGGGAUGACAGGAACUGCCGCGGGGGUGACAGUGCGGCUGCUGGCAGGGACAGCAUGGGGAGGGCCAUGGAGCAGCCCCGGCGCAUCACCGACUCCUUCCCGCGGCGGCGGCGGCGGCGGGGCCCGGGGCGGCCCCCGGGCCGGCUCAAGGACAGGAAGGACAAGGACAAGGACCAGGACCAGGACAAGGCGCAGCUGAAGGUGCGGGAAUGUCCCCGCGGCCCCUCGCAGCCCCCCCCGGACCCGGCGCUCAUGGAGAUGUUGCGGCGCUUCGACCUCGCCUGGGAGUACGGGCCCUGCAGUGGGAUCACCCGCCUGCAGCGCUGGGAGCGGGCACAAGAGCUGGGGCUGAGCCCCCCCGGGCCCAUCCGUGACGCCCUCCUGGAGCACCGCGACAACCCCGAUGUCACCUACAGCCUGUGGCACGAGUACGAGCUGUGAGCGGCCGCGCAAGGGAGCAGAGAAACCAUUCCCGACACCCGCAGACCCUAUUGCAGGGACCCCGGGUGGAUUAAAGCUGGUGUGAGCGAAGGAAGGGGUGCCGUGUGCUGUCUGGGGGGCACGGGGUGGGGUGAAGCCCUUGGGGUGCAGGGGGAGGGCAGGGAGUUGCAUUCCCCCCAAAAAAAGCCAGGUGGGGUGUCCAUCUCACAGUUUGAUGUCACUCAGCUGGGACUCAGGGAGAAAAAUGUGUUCUUGGGUGGAGAAAGGGAGGUGGGAUUUUUUCCCCCAGGAAUGGGGUGAAAAAAUGAAGAAUGAGGUAUAAAAUCAGCUGAAAGUGAGCUCAGGGGGCUGUGGAUGGUGGGGAUGUCCUGCAGCGGGGUGGGAAGAGUGUCCUGUGGGAUUCAUAUGUUUAAUAGCCCAGAUCAGCAGCUUUGCUGUGUGCAGAAUCAUAAAUAACAGGAUGUGUCUGUUAAUUAUUCAGGUUAUCAAUGACUUAAUUCACCAGCUCUUUCUGUUGUUUCAUCAAUAAAAUAAAUUGUUUCUAUAUGU